GAGAAUUCCCGAGAACCACAACUGUCAAGGAUUCCCAAUGUUGUCAUUCGAAUGUCGCUUCUGCCGCGCGAGAGACUGACGUUCGAUUUUCACCCAUUAUCUCCUCUCCUCCUUUCGUAGACAGCAAAAUCAACCGCCCGCUAUCAUGGAAAGCACGCUGAGCUUCGCCGGGCAGAAUAACAAGUGGAACACAGCUGAAGAUGUGAAGGCAGCAGCAGAAGCCAUUCGCAACCACCAGGACUUGCGAUGUCUGGUUCUUGAGGCCAAUACGCUUGGUGUAGAGGCAGCCAAGGUGAUGGGAGAUGCGCUAGCCACGCAUCCAGAGUUUGAGCGAGCGCACUGGAAGGAUCUGUUUACUGGUCGUUUGAAGACUGAGAUUCCUGAAGCACUGCGCCACCUGUUCUCUGGCCUGAUACGCGCCGGUGCCAAGCUGAAGGAGCUAGACCUGAGUGACAACGCUCUUGGCCCUGUGGGUGUGGAGGGCAUGGUGGACUUCAUGUCAUCCCCUGUCUGCUAUUCCCUGCAGGAGCUGAGACUGAACAACAAUGGACUCGGCAUCAAGGGAGGUACUAUGCUUGCCGAGUCUCUUAUGAGGCUGGUGGAUAAUGCAAAAGCUGCUGGAACUCCACUAACUCUUAAGGUAUUUAUAGCUGGUCGCAACAGGCUUGAGAAAGAAGGUGCUAAGGUUUAUGCCAAGUUCUUCAAGGCUGUUGGCACUCUGGAACACGUCGCCAUGCCUCAGAAUGGCAUCUUCCAUGAGGGGAUUGCAGCACUUGCAGAUGCUUUCAGUACCAACAACAACCUCCGGGUAGUUAACCUCAAUGACAACACAUUUACCCCCAAGGGUGCUCAGGCGAUGGCAGACAAAUUGCCAAUGAUGCAGAACUUAGAAGUGAUCAAUUUUGGAGAUUGCCUCAUUAAAACAGCAGGAGCCAAGAUGAUUGCCAAAGCCUUAACUUCAGGACACAAGAAUCUGAGGGAGCUGUUCUUGGACAGUAACGAGAUUAACAUCAAAGGUGGAUUGGCAAUAGCUGAAGCCAUGGCAGAUAAAGAGAACUUGGACAAGCUCAUGCUGGACUGCAAUCAGUUUGGUGAGGACGGACGGGAAAUGCUCAUUAGUCUUUUGAACGACUUGGGUCAAUUGGAGGCCCUUGACUCCCUUGAGGAUGAUGAGGAUCCAGACAGUGAGGAAGAGGAAGAUGAUGAUGAUGAUGAGGACGAAGAGGAUGAGGAUGAGGAUGAGGAUGAAGAUGAGGAUGAAGAAGAAGAAGAAGAUGAAGAGGAGGUUACACAGGUCCCUGGAUCUGGAGUGAGCCCUCUGAAGCAUGUGGAGUCUGUUGUCAGUCCUGUUAAGUGUACUGUAGAGGAGUUUUGUGAGCAGCCAACAGCUGCCAGACUUCUUGGUUUGGGGAACUCUGGUCCUUCUCAGUUGGUUGAAGAAGCUAAAAGAUUGGCAGAAGGAAGUGAAGAAGCCUUUAUCAACUUCUGCUUGAAGAUCUUCAUGCGAACUGGAUCGAUUGCCACAACUAACAAUGUAGAGGUUCAGACAGCGGUAAAUGCUGCCACAGAACAGCUGGCUAAGGCAGCAUUUACAGCAGCCCAGAAAAGUGAUUCACUCUCCCUUGCAACAAACAGUCUUUUGGUACAUUUAGGACUCAUUAAAUGUGAGGAUAAGAAGUUCAAAUUAGAAUGGGACCUUAAAGGAUGCCUGAUUGUCUUGGCUAUGAUUGUGUCGUCACCCCUUUUCCCAGAGCAGACAAAGAGCACGUUGCAGCUUUUCCUGUCCAAACCUAACCCGAAGAUUGAUGUCUAUACUCAGGAGAAACACAAACUUAUGGUAGCGCUCUUUCAAUGAUAACUUCAAAUUCCAUAGCCAGCAACGAAAAUGAUGAAUAUUCAAGACUGGUGUUGUAAUUUUAAGUAGUACCGGUAUUUAUAAAUGUGCAAAACAAUGUCCAUAUGAACAGUGAAUUUAUUUUUGUUGAGUGCCACAGACUUGCUUAUUUCCUCCUUUCAUCUUCUAUAACCCUAAUUCCACCAUUUCAUUUGUUUGUUUUAGUGAAAUGUGACUAAUUUUAGUCUGAGUCAGUGCAGCCAACCUUGUCCACCAAAACUGCAAACGGACAUAUAUAUAUACCAAAUUUUAUGUAUAUAUCAGUUGUAUAUUAAUCCACUUUUAUGCAGUGAGUACCCAAUAAUUUGGAAGAAAACAGCUCAUUCAUGAGAGAGAGAGCAAAAAAAAUUUAAAGCUGUACCAUAUACUGUUGGAGUCCACAUCACGCAAACGACAUGUCAGUGGAUUAUACCAGUGACAUAGAGGAGUCUACUUUGCAUGAAAAACAUUUAUUUGUAAUGAAGAUAUAUAAAUUACUUUUACAUCAUCAUAUUUUCACAAGCCAGUAAGAAUUGAAGAUGUUUACUACAUGGAUUCCCCCCCUGUUUAAUGAUAUGAGGUGACCAUUGUGAGAAUAUUUAGUCUUGUUUGGAAUGUGGUAUCUAGAAUGCGUGCAAUUUGCAAAGUUCAUGACAAGCAAGAUUGAAAGUAAAUUUUAUUUUUGUACUCUAGAGAUAUGGUUUAUGUGGGGUCUCAUUUGUAUACAAAGGUGAAAAUGCAAUAUUUGCCCUACUUAAUGUAAUAGCACAUCUGUUGUGCCACAAUUUGUCCAACACAAAUUAACGGGACAAGUUAUUGCAAUGCUUCAGACUAUGACCAUUAUAGGAUUACAAUAUUUUACUGUCAAACUACAUUUAUGAAAUGUAUUCCACUGAAAUAGAAGCCAUAUUGAAUGUAAUCAUUGAGUGAGUUAGACCAUUUAAAAUCAGAUUAGUGCAAAUUAAGCUUCUUUACUGGAGCAUCAGUAAAUAAGAAUGUUUAUAAUUGGAAAGAAGAUUCGUGGGUAACCGAAAGUUUAUUUACUUCUGGAUAUUAAGAUAGACAAGGAAGUAAGUUCAGAUGGAAACUUUGUAGAAUCUCUCAACAGAGGAGCUAUCUUUCCAGAACUAUUUUGAGAGGCAUUAUUCUCUUAUAUUAAGCAUUCUCCCCAGUGUUCCUUAGUUCAAAGGUUACCAAAGAGUCAUCUUGAAAAUAAAAUGCCAAAUAUAA